AUGCGCGUAUCAGUUUCUUUGGCGGCUACGGUUUUCACCGCUUUAGCAUCGUCGGCUCCUGCAUCAAAAGAACCGCAGAACAAAACUGCCGCUGCGGAACAAUGCCAUGGUAUUAAUGGACCCGUUCUUGAAAACAACUUUCCAGAUCCAUCCCUCUUCUACACCAACGACACAUGGUACAGCUUCGGCACUUUCAACGGACAAGACCUCCAAGUCGCACAGUCCAACAACCUCGAAAGCGGAUGGAGCAAAAUCAGACCCGACCACCGCAUCCUCGCAAUCAACGAAUCAACAUGGGCAGGGAAACGCGUGAACAGCACUUACGGCAUCUGGGCCCCAGACGUCUUCCAACGCUCCGACAACAAAUACGUAAUGUACUUCUCCGCCUACGAAAAAGCCCCCGAAAACAAAACAAAACCGCACUGCAUCGGCGCCGCCCUGAGCGAGUCCAUAACCGGUCCCUACCACCCCAUCAACACGUUUAAACAAUGCAACGAAACCGGCGUCAUCGACCCUUCCUGGUUCAAAGACCCCUCCACAAACAAACAGUACAUUGUCUACAAAACCGAUCGUCCGAAAGUAUACCUCGAGCUCCGCGAAGUCGCGUCCAAGGGAGCCAACGAGAGCGUGCAGUUCGCCGGGCACGCGCACAAGCUCCUCAAAAUGCACGAACAGGGGUUUUCCGAUGGCUACAACCUCGAAGCACCUUCUCUGUUCAAGAGAGGGGAUAUUUACUUUUUGGCGUACAGCACGCAUUACUACGGCGACGGGUCAUAUAAUGUUGAGUAUGCUACUGCCAAGAGCGUGUUGGGUCCGUACAAGCGGGUCAAGACGCCGUUGCUGGAGACGACGGAUGAGUUUGGGUGUAGUCUUGUUGGACCGGGGAGUGCGAGUUUCUUGAGGAGUCCGUGUGGGGAUGAGGAGAAGGCCAAGGUGAUUUUCCAUGGGUUGAAGGAGCCGAUUAAGCCUAUGAGACGGCAGUUGUAUACCGCGAGUGUGAAGGUUAAUGGGACGAAGCUGUAUAUUGAGAAGUCUUAG